UUUUUCGAAGCGUGAAUCGCGUGAUAAGACGUGACACCCGACCAGCAUGUCCGCCGCGUUGAUUACUUAUAUUUCAAUGGUGGAUUUCGUUCUUACCUUGACUGUCCACCAAGAGGGCUAUGUCUCAAGAAAGCAAUAGAAAAUCUGGUCCAGAUUCUGCAGGUUAUGGCGCUACAGUUUCGGGCGACACCUCGCGUGAGAUGGAAGAUGGCGCGACAGCUCUGAAUAUUAACAACGAACAUGGACGACUUCACAGGGGGCUUUCAGCUAGACAAGUCCAAAUGAUUGCUAUUGCGGGUACUAUCGGGACGGGGCUGUUUCUUGGCACUGGGAAAUCCCUUGCAGAAGGCGGACCGGCCAGUAUCCUCAUCUGCUACGCCAUCGUUGGGUUCAUUGUCUAUGUAACCCUGCUGCUAUUAGGCGAAAUGGCUACCCAGUACCCAGUGGCAGGCUCCUUCAACGCAUACACUACCAGAUUCUUUUCUCCAUCUUACGGCUUUGCGUUGUCCUGGAACUAUUGGUUCAACGAUGCGGUUUCAGUUGCAUCUGAUCUUACCGCUGCACAAUUGGUCCUUCAGUUCUGGACCGUCCAGCAUUCGUGGAUUGUUAGUUUGGUGUUUUGGGUCUUCUUGGUUAGUAUCAAUGCUGUUCAUGUACGGGCAUAUGGGGAACUUGAAUAUUGGUUGUCUUCACUCAAAGUCAUCACGAUAAUCAUCUUUAUCAUCCUCGGCAUCCUCGUCAACGUCGGCGUGAAUCAACAACAUGAAUACAUUGGAGCUCGGUACUGGUAUAUCCCAGGCGCGCCGUUUGUAGGAGGAUUUGGAGGAUUUGCUCAAGUUUUUGUCACUGCUAGCUUUGCUUACGGCGGAACGGAAAGUCUCGGUAUUACAGCGGGAGAAACGAAGAAUCCCUCAAGGAAUAUGCCACGAGUGGUCAAAUUCGUUUUCUGGCGGAUCUUGUUAUUCUACCUUUUGAGUAUACUGCUCAUAGGAUUGAACGCUCCUUGGGACUAUCCCAACCUGUCCAACAAAACGACGACUACGUCCCCGUUCACACUUGUGUUCCAACAAGCAGGUUCAACUGUUGCUGCUUCUUUCAUGAACACUGUCAUCCUCACCUCUGUUCUGUCGGCUGGGAACCACGCACUUUUUGCUGGCACCCGUGUUCUAUACGGUUUGUCUGUGACUUCACCCCGCCAAGCACCGGCCAUCUUUUCCUGGACGUCAACAAAUGGUGUUCCGAUUCCAUCCUUAAUGCUCACCAGUAGUGUCAGUGCUUUGUGCUUUGGUAGUAGUUUUAUCGGCAGUGGUGCACUAUGGGGAUGGUUGCAGAAUAUUGUGGGUGUAUCUAAUCAGAUUGCUUGGUUAUCCAUUGGACUUGCAAGCUGGCGGUUUCGCAAAGCAUGGUUGGUACAGGGCCGUUCGUUAGAUGAGCUCAAAUUUCGUUCGAGAUGGACUUGGCCUUGGGGACCGCUAUUCGUGGUCAUUACAGUGGGUGCGAUUAUCAUCAUUCAAGGAUGGUCUUCGGUCAUUCCCAAGUUUACGCCCGUUUAUUUCGUGUCGUACUAUAUCGAACUUCCAAUUAUGUUGAUCAUGUACCUUGCAUGGAUGCUCAUCCAACGUCCCGGGCGACCUUCACGUAUAAAUGAGCCCGUCAAUGGAAUCACCAGCGGUCCGUCUACUGGAUCUCGGAAUCCUCGGUCCCCUUCACAGACUCCGCUUUUUGAAGGGAAUGGAAGACGUUCUUCCUCGAAGGGGAGGCGGCGAGAACGAGGUGGACGGUGGUGGUAUAAUGAUAUAGUCGAUGUGAACACAGUAGAUUUAUAUCGGGAUGAGCAUGACGAAGAGGAAGAGGAUCGAGUAGACGAUGUCGAAAGGGAAAGACGGCUGAAGGGGUCGAAUUUUGUACAAAGGACAUUAUGGAGGUUGUUUUAUUUAAUCGUAUAGUGGUAUCUAGGAUGUAUGGAAAACUAAUUGCCGAAAUGCAGCAACCUGUACGACAGAAACUUGGGGAAGUACAGUAUUGAAAUUAGGUCUCUGAAGAAUGUUUUGCAAGAGAAAAUAUCAAUUUAGCUCCAACAACCUGGAGGAAUUCAUCCACACAGCAUUCGUGAGUGGCACCGUUUGUGUUACCAGCAAGAUCAAAUAAAUCUGAAUAAAAUCU